AAAAACAAAACGGGCGGCGUGGGCUUUACGUUUAUCGUACAGGAACCACAGUUUAUCUAGUACGGAGCUACGAUGAAGAGAAAUGGAAAUUCCACGCCGAAAGUGACCGAUUACGCUGAGGAAGAAGUAAUCGCUCACCUGUGGGUGCAGCUGUUAAUUCACAUCAAUGUUUAUUUUUACGCCGUUUGGCUGCUGGUUGCAAUAGUCUCUCUACAUUACGAGUUCCUCAACAUAAGCGGAAUCGAGCAAACGUUGUCCAUCCUUUCGCUGGUGGUGGCAAUUCCGCUGGAAGUCUUCCGGCUCUAUCUCGGCCACACCGGCAACCUGAUGAGUGCGAUACCCAGUUUUGCUGGAUUUCUUAUACUGUCUACACUGAUUCAGCUGCCACUGCAGAUUUACCUGCUGCUAGCAACGCACACGAUCAAUCAUUUGGCAGCAACCGUAACACAGUCGAUCGCGAUCGGUCUGCUGGUGCUGCAGAUUGUAGUUGGUGUGCCGGCAAUGCGUCAAAUAUCUGCCUUUCGCAGGAAACAGUUUCAAAUGCAACGGUGGCAAUAUAUGGGCAAGCGAGCCGACACGGUGAAGGAAGCUAAGGACGACCAAUGA